AUGAAGAUGAAUAGACUGACGUCGGCCGCAAGCAACAGCCGAGCUGGUGGGCGCAACAAAAUUAUGCCGCACCUUCUUGAGAUCUAUUUGAGGGCCGGAAAUCCACUUUCAUGUCUGUCGAGACGACCCACCCCCUUGCUUGGCAGCGAAAGCAGUCGAAACGUAAUGAGUGAAAGCGCCCUAACAUGUGGCUUCUCAGAUAGCCGAAUUGAAGACAUGAGGUACCAUUCCUUUCAGGAUUGUCUUGAGAAUGAAGAGGGCAAGAGUAUAAAGUUUGAAGAAUGCCCAGUCAUUGGGGGAGAUUCUGGCUCGAAAAAAGGGAUACCGAGAAAAGGACGCAGAACUAGUUGCUUUUCACGAUUUGGCUCAGCCUCAAGCUAUGAUAAAGCAGAGGCUAAUAUGAAGAAAAGUAUGGAGAACAAGAGGCUUGCAGAGUGGUAA